CCCUCUAUCGCAGUCUCUAGACGCUCAGUCUAUCAAACACGCAGCCAUGCAACGGGAAUCGUCCAGGUUUCAGCUCAUUCUGGGCUCUGCACAGAUUUCCCACCCCCCAAGAACCGUCCAGCGUGCGAGCGGACCGUUCUUGUUGCCAUGACAACCUCGUGAGAGAUGCGGUUGCCUGCCCGUAGCCAACAACCUCCUCAUUUAUUUUCAUUCUAUCGUUCGAGAACCUCCGAGGACACGUGUACACGCUUUGCUGGUACACUGUGUGCACGAGCUCCGCCCGCCAACGCGAAGCAUAUCGACCGCUCUCCACGGAAACAAAUCACACCGCUCCCAUUGCCUCCAUCCUCUGUGCAAGCAGUGCUCGUUACGCAAACAAGAAAAAAACCUUCUCCAUAGCAACCAACCUAGCAACACCUUCAAAAUGCAUAAUAUGUCAGUCGUGGAGAAAACCAUCAUGGCCGACGGGAUUGAAUGGAGAUACAUCAACGACGGCACUGCCGAGUGGGGUCUCCAUUUUCCCGAGGCCAGGGGGGAUUGCCAGUCUCCCAUCAAUCUCAACUCUCGCCAGGCAGUGUACGACAGCACCCUGAACCAGCCCACCCUGAACGCCGACUACGCGCUGUGCCGAGAAUGCGAGAUGAUCAACACUGGCAACACCGUACAGAUCAGCGUCAAAUACAAACCUGAUGGUGUCAUGGCAGGCCUGGGGAAAUCAGAACCGCCCCCAAGAUCAGUAUUGACAGGCGGUCCCUUGGCUCCCGACUCUACCUACGAGUUGGCCGAGUUUACUUUCCAUUGGGGAAAGGAGGACGACAGAGGGUCGGAACAUACCGUCAACGGCAAGGCGUAUCCGAUGGAGCUGCACCUGAUCCACUGGAACAGCCGACUGUAUGAGACGGUAGAGGAGGCAAUGGGAAGAGACGACGGCAUAGCCAUCAUUGCGCUCUUCAUCCAGGUUGGCCGGGAGCACAUGGGUUUACGGACUCUGACAGACUAUCUAGAAACAGUACAGUCCAAGGGCAAGAGCAUCUCCAUCACCACGCCAUUUCAUCCUACCUGCCUUUUACCGGAUCCCAUGCUUCGAGAUUUCUGGACUUACAAAGGGUCCCUAACAACGCCGCCGUGCAACGAGAAAGUCACGUGGAUUAUUUUCCGUUAUCCAUUGACCAUAUCGCACACUCAGAUGGAAGAAUUUCGAAGACUCAAAAACUACCCCAAAGGUGGCCAUCCUGCACUGGAUGAUGACGGCUUUCUGGCAGACAACUUCCGGCCCACCCAACCCCUCAACGACCGCGUGGUGCGAGCCUCUUUUCAAUAAAACAAAUCAGGAAAUCCCAGUAAUCAAAACGAAUGAUCUUUUUUCGAAUUUUCGUCGUUGUCAAGCUGCCCAAGCCACGUACCCUACGUGUCUUAAAGACAUCCUGUAGUAUGCCUACGUCUCAAGCAAACGUUAUCUGUAUGUUGAGUUCACUCGUAUUUACGUUGUGUAAAGCAUAUUUUGUUGUGAGUCUGCCUAUUGAUGUUAAUAAUUACCGGUAAUGUUUAUUGCGAAGAUGCAACACCAGCCCCUGGAGUUGUCAUAUUUCACAAGGGUAAAGUCUAGUCAGCGGACAAACAUAGGCUGGUACCUAUGACGUGUAUCCCACGUUACGUUGGUGUUCAUUUUACUUGUUGUCAAGGAGCACGAUCCCAGAGGCGGGUGAAUGGGGAUUCGUGUUGCCUGUGAGAAUCUGUUCUUUUUUCGAUCAAAGUAAAUAAAGAGGGUUGCUCUUCUUUUCAGUGUCGCGUUGCCUGUAGGAUUGGGUACCGUACGUUCUAGUACCCAACCAUUUUCUUUUUCUAUUGCAAUCAAACAAACUGUGAGCACGCAUCACUGUUGAUGGUAUACGUUGUUAUCUUGCAAAAUGUGUGCACAUGAAGAGUGACGCGACUGACUGAAUGUGUACCCCUGGUUCUUAAGGCUGUUGUCUGCUUGAAAGGUUGCUGGAAUAUGACGGAUGCUGUUUCGGGAUAGGAACAGCGAUCAAAGUACGCGGCAAACUGAAAGGAUGACUACAAGUCUGCUGAUUUGGGGAACAUUGGAGACUUAUGUAGAAAUUCGUAUAGCCUGAGAGAAAGCGAUGUGAGCAUUGAGUAAAAUCUGAAAGAUUAAGUAUAGACGUAUUUAUUAUUCACAUAUUUGUAGUCGCGAAAACGCACUCUGGUAUUUGUCGAAAGAUCAACCAUUGAUCCUCCGAAUUUUUCCUCUUAAGCACACUGUCUAAUGUGGCAUUCUGUGACAGAUUUUCACGUGCAUUUUGUGGAAAGUUGUCUGAAGCAUUGGUCUUUUUCUUACCCUUAGACGUGAAAUAUCACGUAAAAUGUCAUUAAAUUUGUAUUGUAACUUUAUUGGCUAUAUAUUCGAUUUGUGAACUUAUCUGAAAGUUGCGGUUUACUCAAGAAAGACUUACCUUAUUUCUUCACAAAAGUAUUUAUUUGAGGCGUUUGGGCCUGGCGUUAAGAUUAAUAAUGCGUCACAGGGUUGCAAGAAUACGGAAAUGCAUUUGUCAUGUGCUUUUCUGUCAUCUGAAUUUCUGAACUGAAUUCGUGAUUCCAUGGGUACUAGGUAUGUGUUCUCAUCUUGUACUUAGUGCAAUCGAACCUGAUUAAGAAGUCCUCCGGGCUUCACCGAUUACCUUGUUAUAUCGGGAAUCUUGUAUUAUCAGGAAUGAUAACAAUGAAAAACAAAGGACUAGAAUCUAAAAAUGUCUUUAUUAUAAGCACAUUUUUGUAAUAAUUGUGCUCUUUUUAUGAAGGUUCGACUAUACUUUCUUCUAAAUUGCUGCAAUUUAUACUUAAUUUUGCCGCUUGAGGGCGUUGUAUGUCUAAUGUUACAUUUUCUUCAAGUGUGUAUAGGUAGGCCCCUAUUACAAAAUGAAGACACACGAUUAAGACAGAAAAAAAUCUGUUUCGUCGUCUCAAGUAUGGAUUUUCCGGUCCCUCUUGGAGAGUCUGCUUUAUUAACUCGAGUGGAAGGAGGGGUAAAAGAUAUUAACAUCACCCAGGAGACUUGCCCGGAGGCGAGGGAGAACGGGGCGUUUGUGCGAGCAGGCAAAGAAGGGCUUCAAUCGGCCCGUGAGUCAGCCGUAGUGCAGGCGUACUUCCUUCACCCACCUUUGUCAUGACAAUUGCUGCGAUUCACGGUGGCCUGGCCAUUCGAUCUUCCAUCAGUCUUGGCACUUCCAUUCAAUGGACUGGCCACUUACUGCCAGCAAAAUACUGAGCCACUGCGCUCUGUCGCUCGAGGAUACAGGCUAGCGAGUUCCUCGGGGACUGAAAUAAUAGCGCCCUCUAUUGAAAUGAAAUUAAAGACCUUUUGUGUUGUGAAGACCAAACGUUCUCCCCUGAGUACACAAGGAACGCCAGAAAUAACAUGAGUUGCAUCACGUCCUCAAAAUGUAAUAAAGGCUUUGCGCUAAUCUUUUUUUUAACUGACUGUCGUAUAAAAACGAGCACGCGCCUGUUUUAUUUAUCGUCCUAACUACCACUACACAGUGCAGGGAAAAACUUUGCAUACGGAGUGUCCCAACAGGUUGUCUGUUGGGUGAUCAUAAUACACAGGGAUCAUAUUUUCUAUUUAUUUGGAAGAAAUCUUUUUUCUCUUUCAACUAAUUAGACAUAUUUAAUAGAACAACGGGUCAAAGAUUGAGAAUUGUAGAUGAAAGUUAAUGUGAUAAAUUUAAAAGGCCUUUCAAUUUGAAGGGUUAUGAAAGAGCAUAUGUUCGGAAGUUCCUUCGUUUACAGCAUUCUAGAACAUAAGUUCAUUCCCAAUGCCGUCGUUUUCCUAUCCUCACUAAAAGGUUAAUUUAUCAUACGGUGUUAUCCCAAA